AUGCUCCGAUCGAUCGUCAUCGCAUUUUUAGCUUCAGCAACUUCUUUGAUCGACGUUCCGUCCGAAUCGGCGCCGAUCACGCUCGCGUUCGAGGCAGAGAUUGUUCGUGUCUUCGACACCGUGCCGUUCGAGGCCGGCGUCUCAUUCAAGAUAGGCGACAAAGUCACCGGCCGGUUCACCUACGAGCCGGAUGAGGUCGAGGGAGGCUCAGGGCCUUUUACUGCAUUCGAGUCUCAACAGACUACGCGUGCCUUCGUCAACGUUGACGGUGUAGAAUUCUCGACACCCGACGAGACGACCGGAAUCAAGAUACGGUCGUUCAACAACUCUAGUAGUACGCUAUUUGGUGAAAACGAUAGGAUCGAUAUCGGCAGUCAGCUGGUAUCUGGCGACCCAUCCAACACGCCUAACGUCACCGGGGCUGGGCUUGCUAUUUUUCUUCAAAGCACGGCGGAAGUCUUGCCGGGGGCGAUCAUCCCAGCUGAACCAGAGAUCUGGAAUCAGCUGAUCAACUUUGAUAGCCGACUACGGCUUACUCUACGCAACAACGACGGUGGGAGCGUCGGAUUUACAGCUAACCUGGUUCCUGGGAGUUUUGUCGAAGUGCCGGAGCCAGCAGCAGUCUUCUCAAUUUUAACAGCAGCUAUUCUAAGUCUUCUUGGUGGACGCUGUACGCUUAGAGGUAAAGGACUGAGAUCGGAGAACUUAGAACACCGCUGUGUGAUGGCGGUUGUGUGGGCUAACCAGUUCGUCAAUGACAAUGGUCCGCUCGAUCCUAGUUUUGACGACGCAUUCGCUGCCGACGAGCAAAUAGCGCGCGAAAUCGUCAAUCGCGCCAUCGCAGACUGGAACGCGAUUCUCGACACGAACAUUGAUCAGGACAACAAUCCGCUCACCGGACCUGAUCUUCAGCUGACAAUUACUGCAAUCGAUUUUGCGGCCCUAGCGGUUCCACAGCCGGGCGUACGCGGGGAUGCCAGCAUUGAUUUUGUAUUCACGAACGUAGCGGGAGCGGUGAAUGGCUUGGUGCCGUCAGCUGCGACGCUCCGCCUCGACAACAACGGUGGCGGUAUCGGUUGGUUCUUUGACCAAACGCCGCUAGACGACGCGGAAUUCGUUGGUCUCGCCGACACCUUCCAAAGUAGUUUUAUAGACGCCAGCGCUGGCGGCCAAGCGGCGCGCAACGACUUGUACCGCACGGUCCUCCACGAGAUCGGUCACACGCUUGGCGCUCUGCUUGUUGGCAAUCUUUCGUCGGGGAACUUUGCCGCCACGUUCUCCAAUACGCCUGCCAACCCACAGAACUUUACGCCGAACGGGCCGGCCGUCCCUCUCCAGACGCAGGACAAUCUGCUCGGUAAUCUCCAGUAUGUCGGACGAGAUCAAGCUCUCAAUGCAGCGGGCCUGAGAAUCACGAACAACCCCGAUGGCGUCAUCAAUGGCGACGAGACGGCUGUCGUCGACGAGUUAUGGCAGUAUGUGUUUCAGGACGGCUCUGGCCGGACCGUCACCUUCACCGAAAGCGGAGGCGGACACCUGUACGAAGGCCCAGUCAACGCGUUAACGCCUGGCGCCGACCAGCAUCCGAAUGACUUGAUGAAUGCCGGUCGCACCGUUCCGGCCGGGGGGCCUCCGCCAAUCGAGACGACACGUCAGUUCAUAUCCGACACGACGGCGGAGUUCCUCGCCGAUGCUUACGGGUAUAACCUGCUGAGCCUACCGAGCACGCUCAACACCGCUCACGCCUCGCUCGAUCCCAUCGGCGGCACCCUGCUGGUGCAGGGUUCGCCCCGCAACGGCGCCGGCGCCGGUCUGAACGACGUGAUCAAUAUCACGAUCAUGGGUGAUCAGGUCCGCGUGCAAGUCAACACGCCGACGCUCAACACCACCGAAGCGUUUCCUUUGGCGGCAGUCACCAAGCUUGUUAUCGCCGGCCACGGCGGCGCCGACACCAUCACGGUCGAUGCGGCGCUGCAGUCCCUCCGGCAGGAUGUCGAGUACGUUGUUAGCAGCAACGAGGACGAUAUCGAAGACGCGGGCAGCCUCGCGGGGGGCGUCCUCGGCGACGGCGUCGUCGAUCUCAACGACGUGAUCCCCGGCAGCCAAACCACCCUCCGCGCCGCGAUUCUCGACGCGAACAGCGCAGGAGCGCCAGCGCGAAUCUACCUUCCUCCGAACCCCGGCAAUUAUGUCCUCACGCGCACCGGCGUCGGGACCGACACCGCAGCGAUCAACGACCUGGACAUCACGGGCGACGUGACGAUCGUCGGCGCCGGGGCGGGGCUGAGCAUUAUCGACGCGGGCGGGCAGACCGGCCUGGGCGACCGCGUCUUCGACAUUACCACGGGCUCGCUAUGGGCAUCCGGGAUUACGGUUACCGGAGGCUGGGCGGCAGGCGGCGGCGGUGGGGGAUUACGGGUACUCAACGGCGGCGAACUCAUUCUUACCGACAGCGCGGUUAUCGGGAACACCGCGGUCAAUGAUGGCGGUGGAGGUCUCCUCCGCCUUCAAAACGGAGAGGCAAGGGUCGAGCGGAGCGUGUUCGUCGCUAACGACGCCGAUAAUUUUGGCGGGGCGAUCCGCGACUUCAGCAUCGAUGGAACGCUGUUGGUAGGCAGUACGAUUUUUGCAGAGAACACCGGCGGAAUGGGGGGCGACACGUUCUAUCAAUCGACCGGAGCCCACCCGGAAAACCUCGGCUACAACCUGGUCGAUGACACAACGGAUGAUGGCGGCUUUUUCUCGACGGCGGCGGGCGACUACAUCGGGACUGUCACCCGCGUCGUGACCUCGGUCGCGGAUACGGUUCGGGGCGUCGCGGACUCGGCCACGAUCGGUUUGCGAGACGCGGUCCUCGAAGCCAACCAAGGGAGCGGAAUCGUCUGGCUGCCCGCAUGGGACCACCGCCUUUCGCUGUCAGGCCAAGGGGCGGACACCGCGGCGAUCAGCGACCUGGACAUCACGGGCGACUUGACACUGGUGGGCGCCGGGGCCGGUUUAAGCGUUAUCGAUGCCGGGGGCGAGCACGGUCUGGGGGAUCGGGUGUUCGAUGUCGGGGUGGGCGGGUCAUUGCACGCCUCGCGGCUGACCAUCGCCGGCGGUUGGGCGCCGAGCGGCGGGGGCGGGGGCGUCCGUGUCAACAAUACGGGCGAGCUUACACUAACCGAAGUGGCGGUCGUCAAUAAUACAGCUAUCGGCGACAGCGGCGGCGGAGUUCUCCGGCUCUUCAAUGCCGACGCGACUAUCGAGAAGAGUGUGUUCGUGAACAACCAUGCGUCCAACCGCGGCGGUGCGAUUCGCGACUUCAAUGUCUCCGGCACGCUGUCGGUGGCUUCCACGGUUUUUGUGGGUAACUCGGCCGUCUUGGGUGAACCGACGUUCUUCAAAUCCGAUGGCGCGCAACCUGUCAACGGAGGGGGCAACCUUGUCGAUGACGCUUCCGGGGACGGCGGUUUCUUCGCCAACGACCACGUCGGCGCCGUUGACUAUGUCGUGACGAGUGUGGCUGAUAUGUUCGAUCUAACUCCCGACGCAUCACGUUUGUCGGUGCGAGAAGCGGUUGAUCUCGCGAACUCAGAUUUGAACUCGCUGGAAGAAAUCUGGCUCCCGGCUUGGAACUUCGUGCUUUCUCGGGACCGCGGCACGAAUGCAACCGACACCGAGACCAGCUACGGUGACCUCGAUAUCAAGGGUCGCUUGGUGGUCCGAGGGGUCGCCAGUGAGACCUCGCUUACUUGGCGUCCCGACAUCACCGACGCCGUGUUUGACUUGCUGGGCGAUUACAACGGCGAUGGCCUGGCGAACGGCACGGACAACGGGACUGUGGAUACCGGGGACUACAGCGUUUGGCGAGACACCCUCGGUUCGACAACCGAUCUACGAGCGGACGGCAAUGACGACGGCGUCAUCGACCAAGACGACUACGAUGUUUGGGCCGACUACUACGGUAAUACGCUGGUCCUCGAUGGAGUCGGCGUCGUCGUGUGA